AUAAUAUAUGGCAUAGUAUAUAUAGUAUAAUAUAUAGUAUAUAGUAUAGUAUAUAGUGAACGUUUUAAGACAUAUACAUAAUGAAGUUGAAUAUUUGUAUAGCGGCUAUAUGUCAAUUGGCCGGGGUUGUAAAUUGUUUGGGGUUUUCUGGGAAGUUUGUCAACAUACCUACCGAAGUGGAUGAAUUAUUCAAGCAAAAGAAUGCUAAGGUAUUGAAUGGUGAUAAUUAUCAAUCGAAGUUCUCUAUUGAAUUAUAUCCUUGGAACAAUACUGCAUCUAGUGAUAUUUCUGGGGUAAAGGCAUUAUUAUAUAAAGAUUAUUCCUUUACAUUUGAUGAUAUAACAGCUGGUGAAUAUGAAUUAUUAGUAUCAUCUUAUGAUUUUGAAUUGGUCAAUGAAAGAUAUAGAGUAUUGGUUGAUGGAAAUAAAAAUGAAAUUGUGGCCAUUAAAGAUGAUUUAAGAUCACCUUCAGUUAAUGUGACUUCAGGAGUUACUGUUUCAUAUAAAAGACCAUUGGAAAUUGAAUUUGCAUCAAUAAAACAAUUUUAUCAAUAUUCUGGAGGUACUUUAACGGAUAUGAUUCUUAGUAGUCCCUUAGGAUUUAUAUUCAAAAAUCAAACUUAUACUAUGAUAUUUGUUGUAGCCAUUGGUGUAAUGAUUGCUCCUACGAUUCUUCAAUAUAUAAAUCCAGAAUUGGCUGAUCAAUUUAAUCCUGCUAAUCUUCAAGAGAGACUUGAACAAUCUACUAAAGUCCAACAAGAUGCCACUGUAAAAACUCAACCAAUUGGUAAUAAGCCUGUUGCACCUGCUAAUAAUAACCAAAAUAUUAGAAAAAGGAAUAAAUAAUUAAGUAAAGUUUAUAUA